ACAAAAGGUCACGUGAUGGUCGACACGGAAAUAUUGCUCAAUAUUGACAAUAAUCAAAGAGUCAAAAUGGCAUCCCGUGAUGAAAAUUAUACACCAGCUAUACAGAUUUUAAGCACAGAUGGAAAAGCCAUAAAUAUCAUUGAACAUUACGAGAAUGGGCCCACUUUGUCCGAAGUGUUUUGUAAUGAGGAGCAUCGUGAUAUGCCGAUGUUGGUGUUCUCAGUCACUGGGAAGACCAGAGGUGGCAAAUCCUUCUUACUCAAUCUGGCUGCCAAGUAUUUGGAACAUCAGGGUGAUAAAAAAACAUCAUGGAUGACUGGCAAGAUACCAAGCGUUUUUGAUUGGAAUGGAGGCAUAGAUAGCAUUACUAAAGGAUUGUGGAUUUGUCCAAAAAUUUACGAAACAAGAAACCAUAUGGGAGAAAAGGUUGGAAUUCUCCUGAUGGACAAUCAAGGCUUGUUUGAUGGAGAAAUAGAUGAAGGAGUAUCAGUGGCUAUUUCCGGUAUCUCUACUGCCAUCAGCUCCUAUGUGAUGUACAACAUCAAAGAAAAAAUUUGCAGUGACCAUUUAGAGGGCAUUUGGCGUUUCCUGAUAAAAGACUCCGAUGGGGAAGAUGUGGAUCAGAGCAAAACCUGCCUUAUGUUUGUCAUUCGAGACUACAUCAAAGAGAACUACGGACUGGUUAAUGGGCAACAAUACAUUGAAAAUGAACAGGAGCGAGGAACACAAGAAAACAGGACAAUUUGGGAAAAUCUUCUUCAAAUCUUUCCUAAUAUUAAAUGUCUUCCGUUGCCACACCCAGGAAUUGCUGCAACGAAAAAACAAUUCAAGGGAGAUUUAAAUGACUUAGAAGAAGACUUCAUGUCAGAGAUUGACAAGUUUUUCAAUGACAUAUUCAAUCCAAAGAAUCUGAAUGCACCGAUAGAACAGAAUUUGAAUGUCAUGACAGGAUUCAAAAUAUACAGUAUUUUAAAGAAAUAUAAUGGAGUUGUUCCUGACAAUAAUUUCUCAUUUCUCAAUAUUUUUACUGAAUAUGGAAAUCAAGAAAAACUAAAUACCUUACAAGAUUCGUUUCAGACCACGCUGAAAUUUUACUACAGUUAUUCCCGGGGUACGGGCAACCCUAAUAUAUUACAUCGUUCUUUGAAUACAUUUUUGCAAGAGGCAAACCCGAGAUUUAGAGGAAAUUCUGCCACAGAGUACCGUACCGUACUUGAAAGGUUUGUGGUACGAAAAACAAACAUAGCUAUACAAGAAUGGAUUUUAGACGAAUAUGAGAACAAAAUCAGAGGCGAUCGCAUAACAGUAAGACACGACCAAAUCUGGCCUGACUUAAAAUCAGAGAUGAGGUUCUUUGUUGGAAGUCAGGAAGAUGAACGGGCUUCAUCUGAUAUUGUUGUAAAGAAAGCAGCUGAAAUUUACUACAAGAAACUUUCUCAAGAAAUAUUAGAAACUUUUAGGUCAACAUGUAAAGAGAAGUCAAUAGAAGAAGUAGCUGAAUAUUUCACAGAGUGUCAGUGUAUCGAUUGUGAUUUCAGACUAAAUAGGAAUUUCAAUGUACAAGAAAAUGUAGCAAUCUGGAUGGCUGAAAAACAUGUUCUGAAGGAUGAAUUUCUGAUGAUUUUGGUUGAGGUUUUUAGAGAGAAAAAGUCACAACAGAAAAAUUGUUCUAUCUUGUAGAAGAAAGCUUCACUGUUAUGAAAACCUAUUACUUUAAUAUAUUCACCUCUGCCUAAAAAAGGAAAAAUCUCAUAUUUAGCAAACUGUUAUAGAUAUACAUAAAAUAAAGGAUAAUGAUAAA